ACAAUUAAAACAGUUUCAAUUGAGUGCGGUCGGAAUGAGGGUUCGACGCAAUCCGCUUCCACGCCGGCUGGUGGAUAUCUUGUGUUACUUGGUCAUUGGCGUAUUUCUGCCAAUUGUAUUCAUCUUUGAGAUUAUUGUUGUGCUGCCACAAUUCCAUGCACCUGGCAGUCUGCUACACAGCUUCACCUUUCUAUUGGCCAUGUUUAUGCUGUUCAAUAUCAAGGGAAAUAUGGUGGCCUGCAUGAUGAUUGACACCAGCGUUGACAAGCUCGUCGAAGCACCGCCAGUUGGGUCAGCUGAGCGUUUGGAGUGGCGGCAUUGCACAAUCUGUGAUAAAUUAGCACCGCCCAGAUCGUGGCACUGCAAGGUGUGUGGUGUUUGCAUAUUGAAACGAGAUCAUCACUGCCUCUUCACCGGUUGCUGCAUUGGACACGAGAAUCAUCGUUACUUUAUGUGCUUCAUAUUCUAUUUAUUCGUCGGAUCGUUGUAUGCCCUUGCCUAUAACUCUGUGUUCAUGUGGGUGCUGAAUGGGGAUAUAUACUACAAGUGGAUAACUCUCGUUAAGCUACUGUGUCCCAUGUCCAUGCUGGUCCUGGGCAACUUUUGGACGAAUCUACAACUAUUUUUCUAUUGCCUGAACAUCUUGGCACUGUUAUAUGCACUUGUCAUGUUGUGGUAUCAUGUACCCAUUAUGCUGCGUGGUGAGGUCUGUGCCGAGAGUGGCAAGCCACACAAAUAUAAUAAUGGACUUUUGCUCAAUCUGCAAAGUGUUUUUGGCCAACGAAUGCAUGUCGUUUGGCUAUCUCCACUGAUCAAAAGCCCCUUGCCCGAUGAUGGUUACACGUGGAAGAUCAGCUCUACAGAAGAGUUAGUGCCUACCAAAAAGUCAAGUUAGCUAUAGCAUCUGGAACUUCCCUUUAAAUGUUACUUAUUUAUAGAAAAUUAUAGAAAUAUAAAUAA